AUGAGCAAGCUAGACGACCAUUGGACAACCUAUCAACUUCCCUCCUCCAUCUCUCAGUUGUUGUUUCAAAUGUUUACUGCAGAGGGUCUGGCACUGCUUUGGGUGUUUAUCUUAGGCCAAAGUGGAUGGGUUGGGCUCGACAGUGCUAUUCUGACUCGUGUUCGUGGCUGGUUGGCCGAUUGCUCCGCCUCACUUUUCAGGUUCGCGCUGAAGCGCUCAGCCCGUUGA